ACAACACAACAGACACACACUGCAGACUCACACACAACACAGCCAAACCAGACACACACUGCAGACUCACACACAAAACAGCCAAAUCAGACACAUACUGUGAAAUUAUUGCAGAGCCCAGUACUGACACACAGUGUACAGAAACACACACCACAGACACAAUCUGUAUGGACACACAAUGCACAGAGAGGAGUAGUCCACCCACCACAGAGACAGAGAGGACUAGUCCACCCACCACAGAGACAGAGAGUAGUAGUCCACCCACCACAGAGGCAGAGAGGAUUAGUCCACCCACCACAGAGACAGAGAGUAGUAGUCCACCCACCACAGAGACAGAGAGGACUAGUCCACCCACCACAGAGGCAGAGAGGACUAGUCCACCCACCACAGAGACAGAGAGGACUAGUCCACCCACCACAGAGGCAGAGUGGAGUAGUCCACCCACCACAGAGGCAGAGAGGAGUAGUCCACCCACCACAGAGGCAGAGUGGAGUAGUCCACCCACCACAGAGGCAGAGAGGAGUAGUCCACCCACCACAGAGGCAGAGAGGAGUAGUCCACCCACCACAGACGCAGAGAGGACUAGUCCACCCACCACAGAGGCAGAGAGGACUAGUCCACCCACCACAGAGGCAGAGAGGACUAGUCCACCCACCACAGAGGCAGAGUGGAGUAGUCCACCCACCACAGAGGCAGAGAGGACUAGUCCACCCACCACAGAGGCAGAGAGGAGUAGUCCACCCACCACAGAGGCAGAGUGGAGUAGUCCACCCACCACAGAGGCAGAGAGGAGUAGUCCACCCACCACAGAGGCAGAGUGGAGUAGUCCACCCACCACAGAGGCAGAGAGGACUAGUCCACCCACCACAGAGGCAGAGUGGAGUAGUCCACCCACCACAGUGAAAUACAACCCAGCACCACACAGUUUAGAAACCACAGGGAAGGUUCAUUCAGCCAGUCCAUGUGUGGGUAUCCCCAACGGACCUGUCACAAAGACCCAGCCUCAGACCUUCCUCAGUGCUACAAAGACUCACGUUGAGGCAUGCGGAUCAUGUGCCCACUGCCAGGAAGAGCACAAGGUGUGUGUCACAACCAGAAACUCAGCAGAGCCACCUGAACCGUCGGGGACAGAGGAGACGGUGAAUGGGUUCUGUUCAAUCAUGUCGUCCGUGGAGGCUGGACAUCCUUUUGAGGUGGGACUUCCUGUAGAGGUGGGACUUCCUCCCUUGCUAGACACCCGUGGGCCCAUACCUCUUUCCAACAUCCUGUCACCUGAUCUGUCUCUCUCACCAUCGCAAAACAGGAAGGGGAUCAACCAAUUGGAAUCCCAGUUAGCCUCACCGGUCUCACCUGUCCCAGCUCCUGGGCUGGGCGUUGAAGGAAUGACAGAGAUACGACCACUGAAGAAGCAUGCUGUUCAAACCCAGGGCCUAAUCCCUGAGCUCCAGGACCAGAGGGGCUCCAGCACAGAGACACCCAGGGACAGUGAGCCAUCACCUGGGGAGAUUACGAGGGAUGAGGGCUGGCUGGGGGAAGGUUAUACCUCCGUAGAGCUCCAGCCUGCUUCUGCUCAUCCCCAGUCUGACGCUGUGGGGUGGAGUGAGGAAUGCCUGCCCACCCACCCACGCUCCCUCCCCCACAUAGACUGGCCGCCUCCCUCUGACAGGUCAGGAUCAGAAGACUCAGAACACUCACAGCUGUUAUCAAAGACCUCGACUAGAGAGGACAGGACAGGACCAACCCAUUCCCUGCCUGGGGUGAGAGAGGAGGAGGAGGAGGAGGAGGAGGAGGAGGAAGAAGAUUGCCAUGUUUACAGUCAACAGGAACAGGCAGUAGAAAGCACAUCCUGCCCUGAAUCAGCACAGCCAAACACUGUUAAAACAGCAGAGUUUUCUGACCAUACAGACACAGACUCUGACCAUGUUGGGCUGUCAAGCACAGAGGAGACAGAGGAUGCUAUAUUCCCCUACAGUCCUACAGGAGUCUUCGUAGAGAUCACUAGUGAUCUGUAUGUUGAUCUCUGCACACAGGGUGUUUCUAGUGACAUAGGCCAAGGGUCAAACCAACCUACAGAGACUGAGCCUCUUCAGGGAGACAGCACAGAACCACCUGCCUUAGAUCAGGAGACUGUACCACUGAGGACGAUAGAGAUAACUGUGGGAGCAGACUUUUCUGUUACCAUAGGAACAGAAUCUCCUGUUACCGUGGGAACAGACUCUCCUGUUACCGUGGGAACAGACUCUCCUGUUACCGUGGGAACAGACUCUCCUGUUACCGUGGGAACAGACUCUCCUGUUACCGUGGGAACAGACUCUCCUGUGUGUAAAGAACAAGUCCAUAGCCGCCGGGAUCACCUAGAGAUCCACCACAGGAUCCCUGAGCCUCCCUCUCCCUGCCCUGUGCCACCCUCAAUCAUUUCUCUGUCCUCCCUCUCUGACUCCAACAACCACACCAAGGCCAGUGAAAGGUUGUGGUCAGGGUCUCUCUGUAUGAGGGGCCAGAUGCCAGAGCAGUGGUCCUCUGAGGUAGAGAUAAAGGUAGCCCACCAGAGCAGGUUAAAGGAGUGUGGGGAUAAAACUGAUGGGGAGUCCCUUUCCCUGACCGAGCCCGCAACGUUAACCUCGAAAUUCCUGGGGGAGACCAAUGACACCCUGGACAGCGCUCUUGAAGACCCCCCUGAGGAUUCUGAGAAGUUCCUGUCCCUCGUGGACUACCACCCUUGCUGGUGCAGUGAUGACUCAGCCGUGUCCUGGCUGGAGGAUGAGUAUCCCUUCAGCCUGGCUGAGGUGGAAGAGCUGGAGAGGCUUCAGAGAGAGAGUUACAGAGACGCCCCUAAUCAGAACCAUACAGACUGGAGAGGAGACAUCUCUAACCAUACAGACACUACAGACUGGAGAGGAGACAUCUCUAACCAUACAGACACUACAGACUGGAGAGGAGACAUCUCUAACCAUACAGACACUACAGACUGGAGAGGAGACAUCUCUAACCAUACAGACACUACAGACUGGAGAGGAGACAUCUCUAACCAUACAGACACUACAGACUGGAGAGGAGACAUCUCUAACCAUACAGACACUACAGACUGGAGAGGAGACAUCUCUAACCAUACAGACACUACAGACUGGAGAAGAGACAUCUCUAACCAUACAGACACUACAAAGUGGAGAGGAGACAUCUCUAACCAUACAGACACUACAGACUGGAGAGGAGACAUCUCUAACCAUACAGACACUACAGACUGGAGAGGAGACAUCUCUAACCAUACAGACACUAUAGGGUGUAGGGAGGCUAAUUGUGCUGCAAACAGUACAACAGGCCUCUCUGAACCCUUAUUUUCCUACCUGGAGACCAGAAGCCUGCUAUUGGACAGUGUGGAGAAGGAGAAGGGCCAGCAGCCCAUUCCCCACCAAUCUCCCAAGCCUCCCUGGGACAGAGACAGACAGGAGUGUAGCAACUCACCUGAGACUUUAGGAUUAGAGGACAGUUGGUUUACUGAGGAGGACAGCUCAUACAGAUCCUACCUCCAGACCAGCUCUCACCCUACCCUCCUGCAGCAGGAUCGUGAGGUGAGGAUCGUGAGGUACCCCUAUCCCGGCGUCAGUCUCAACCUGCUCUCCCUUACUAGCCUGGAAACCAUCCUAGAGGCUGAUCCCGACCACUCCCUGGACCACUCUGGGACAGUGGAAGAUGAGACUGGGGAUGAGGAGGAAGAUAAGGAGUGGAGAAAGAUUGUUAGGAUAAGGCCCACUGAGGAGGACCGAGGCACCGUUCUUCUGUCUGGUGACAUCAUCAUAUCCUAUGUGCCCACUUUCAGCACGUCGUCGUGUCGCCCUGAGGACUUGUCCAGUAUCGAGUCGUCAGAGCACCAGCUGGUCUUGUCGACCUUUGACCCCGAUGACAUCAGGGUCGUGACCUUACCACACGACAGGGACGCCUCGGGCAACGAAAGAUGCUCCAGUCCCACCCCCACCUCUGUGUCCUACGAUUUUGACACCACCAGCACUAACAGUGAGGAGACGGAAGAGUCCAUCCUGCCUGUCUCGGGGGGGAACACCAACCUCCACAAACCCAUGAAGAGCAAGUCUAAAGGAGUCCGGGCGGGGAGCACCAAGAGCUCCAAGUUCUCUGUCUUCUCCAAGAUGCCUUCCUUCAGGAAGAAGAACAGGCUGAAGAACACCAAGGUGGACAGCUCGCCCCGGGACUCACCCGACCUGGGCCUGGGAAGGGAGCUGGGGGGAGACGCCUCAGACAACGACAGUGUCUUUUUGACGGUCCAGCAGGCCUUCUCCUCUGGUCCAGUGGGUUGCUACGAGACAGAGGAGGAGGACUACAGCUUCUUCCCCUCCACGCCUCGCACUCGCCACGUCCGCCUGCUCUUCAGGGAGGGGUCCAGCAGCCCAGACACCCCGCUGACCUCCCAGCCCGGAGGUCUCAGACACAACCAGACUGGGGCCCCCGAGGGCCUGCACGGCUACAAGAGGAGCAAGAGCUCUGACAGCCUCAACCUCCGCAUGCGCUUCGCCCAGGCCCACAAGUCCCUAUCUGGCCUGUUUGAGUCUCGCUCCAUGGAUAAGGAGAACGAGGAGGAACAGGGGAGCGUUGAGACAGGGAGUGAAGGGAAGGUGGGGCGAGCCAAACAGUCCUGGAGGAGGCUGAGGGCCAAAGAGGCUGAGCUGGUGAGGAGUACCCUGUCUGUCCCGGUCGGGGAUGGGGUCGCGGGAGAGGACGGUGGGGGUUUGAGGACGCCCAGACAGAUCCACAGUGACUAUGCAUCCCGCUCGGCCUCAGGCUCAGUGCUCAGUGUCCCUGGGUCCCCCUCUUCUCUCAGGGCUCUGAAUCUCACCGACCACUUCACCAAGAGAGACCUACAGGACAGUCAAAGAAGGUCCGGGGCCAACACCCCGCAGGGCUGCAAGUUGGAUGGCGAGAGGAGAGAAGGGAAAGUCCCGCCCAAAGACCUGUCAAUCAACUUCUCAGACUCCGGACCGCCGUACUCGCAAGACUCUGAGGCUCCGCCCGCAAAUGAAUCCAGCGCCCUGUCGACCAUGAGCCCCGCCUCCCUGGCUGCAUUAGCCAAUCAGCUGUCCUGGUCCCCAGGGGGAGGCUAUGAGAGCACAGUGUCUAGCAUGGUAGCUACACCAGACACCCCAGUGAGACCCAUGAGCCCCAAGCCCCACAGCCCCAGACCUGCUGCCCAGCACAGGUCUAUCUGCUACCCCCCCACUGUCUCUGCCCGGGCCUCAGUCCUGUCCCUGCUCCUCAUGGGCCAGUCAGCCAGUGUAGAGGGCCUGUCUGACCCGCCAGAGAAGCCCAAGACCCUGAAGCCCCGAGCUGGGCCGUUAGACUCCUCCUCCCUCAGUCCAUUGGAGGAAAGAGAAGUGGACAGUCUGCUUACACCUAUGUUCUUCAAACAGUUUGAGACCAGUCAGGAUGGAUGUAGACCUUGCAGCCAGACAGGGGGAGGAGGGAAGAGGCUAUCAGAGCUGAAGACUCCUGGGCCUUCACCGGAUACUACUGCCUUAGGCCUCAGACCACCACUAGGCCACAGGCCGGACAGGGAUCCGAGACGCCACCGCUGCUGCUCAGAUGACCUGUGGAUCGAAGAGGAAACGAGACGGAAGCGGAAGCUGGUCCGAGUGAUGAGAGGAAGCCUGGGACAACUCAACACACACUGUCCUGAAGAGCUCCACAAAUCGCAUGCUUCAGUGUCCCUGUCGACCAUGGAGGUAUUCUCUGGGAUGAUCCUGAAGUCCCACUGCUUCUCCCAGAGCACCCCCAUCGGUCUGGACUGUCUGGGCUGGAGACGACGCACCUCCUACCCCUUACCAGACGGGGGUGGAGAGAAGACCAGUCUGGGGCUGGGUGAUGAUCUAGGCAGUGACGAGGACCUGUUUGAAGAGUUCCGCAGUUCCAGACAUCACUUUGGACACCCAGGGGGAGGUGGGGAACAACUGGCCAUAAAUGAGCUGAUUAGCGAUGGCAGCUGUGUGUACGCCGAGGCGCUGUGGGACCAUGUCACUAUGGACGACCAGGAGCUGGGCUUCAAGGCGGGGGAUGUCAUCGAGGUAGUGGAUGCCACCAACAAAGAGUGGUGGUGGGGACGCAUUCUGGACAGUGAGGGCUGGUUCCCAGCCAGCUUCGUCCGGUUGCGUGUGAACCAGGAUGAGCCUAUGGAGGAGUACCUAGCCCAGCUGGAGAAGCCUGGGGCUGUGGAGAAUGACCAGCCAGGCGUGGGCCUGUUUCUGGGACCAGGCCUGCCUUGUAAGGAACAGAUGAGGACUAAUGUCAUCAAUGAGAUCAUGAUCACAGAGAGAGACUACAUCAAACACCUCAAAGACAUCUGUGAAGGUUACAUCAAGCAGUGCCGUAAGAGGAUAGACAUGUUCACAGAGGAGCAGCUGCUGUGUAUCUUCGGAAACAUCGAGGACAUCUACCGCUUCCAGAAAAAGUUCCUGAAAGGUCUGGAGAAGAGGUUCAACAAGGAGCAGCCGCACCUCAGCGAGAUCGGAUCCUGCUUCCUGGAACAUCAAACAGACUUCCAGAUCUACUCGGAGUACUGUAACAAUCACCCCAACGCCUGUGUGCAGUUGUCCAGGCGGAUGAAGACCAACAAGUACGUGUUCUUCUUCGAGGCUUGUCGUCUGCUGCAGAAGAUGAUUGACAUCUCGCUGGAUGGGUUCCUGCUCACGCCCGUCCAGAAGAUCUGCAAGUACCCUCUGCAGCUGGCCGAGCUACUGAAAUACACCAACCCCCAGCACAGGGACUAUAGGGACGUGGAGGCUGCCUUGAACGCCAUGAAGAACGUGGCCAGGCUGAUCAACGAGAGAAAGCGACGAUUGGAGAACAUCGACAAGAUCGCCCAAUGGCAGCGCUCCAUAGAGGACUGGGAGGGAGAAGAUAUCCUCAGUAAAAGUUCAGAUCUGAUCUUCUCUGGAGAGCUGAUGAAGAUCUCCCAGCCUCAGGCUAGGAGCCAGCAGCGCAUGUUCUUCCUCUUCGACCACCAGAUGGUCUACUGCAAAAAGGACCUCCUGCGCAGGGACAUGCUGUACUGUAAGGGUCGUAUGGACAUGGACCAGAUGGAGGUGGUGGAUGUGGAGGACGGGAAGGAGAAGGACUUCAACGUGUCGGUGAAGAACGCUCUGAAACUGUGCUCGCUGGCGGGUGACGAGGUCCACCUGCUGUGUGCCAAGAAGCCUGAGCAGAAACAACGCUGGCUCCGAGCCUUCCAGGACGAGAGGAGGCAGGUGCAGCACGACCGCGAGACAGGAUUCUCUAUCACUGAGGUCCAGAAGAAACAGGCCAUGCUCAACGCCUGCAAAAGCCAUCCAGCUGGGAAGCCCAAAGCAGUGACACGGCCCUAUUGUGACUUCCUGCUCCGUCAGAAGCAGCCAUCUCUGCCCAGCAGCGUUCCCCAGCAGCAGGUCUUCAUGCUGGCUGAGCCCAAACGCAAGGCAACCACCUUCUGGCAAAACAUCGGCAGACUGACGCCUUUCAAGAAGUGAACCGCCAAAGGAGAGGAGAGCUCUCUGCUCGUGCCUGAACUUAACUUUUUAUGCCAGAUGCUCUUUUUUUAAUUAUAUAUAUAUAUAUAUAUAUAUACAUAAUCCUAUCCUAAUUGAUAUACUGAUAUCGUGAAAGAUUAUUACGAUGAUAUUUUUUUCUUUGGAGAAAGCACUUUAUAGGUUGGUUACAAUUAGACUUGGGAAUGGUUCUCCCAGACAUUAUGUGUAUAUACACACGUUGGGAGACCGUCACGAGGACUAUUAUACCUGCUACUGCAACCAACAACCGAUUGGUUCCACUACUGCUGCGUGAUCAUGUGACUGACUGCCAGUGAGGCUCCUCUUUAUGAAAGACGUUGACUGGCGACAGCAAAAUGUGACAUUUUCCCCCCCUAUUGUUUUUGUUUUCCGACUAAAUGCCAGAAACAUGUUACUUUUGCAUUUAAGUUUCUUUCUGGAAAAAAAAAGGUGAAAAUUGUGAUAAAGGUUUAUUGUACUUCUUUCUGUACAAAAAAAUGUU